GACUAGUUACUAAAGCGAGAGUUCGUCAGCCAUUAUCAGAUUUGGCAAACGAUGACGCCACGCUUGCGCUUCGAGGCCGCCCGCGGCAACGUGUGGCUCGAUGGGGAGCCCUUCUUCCUCAAGGGCGCGAGCUUCUUCGGCAUGGAGAGCGACAUAUGUGUGCCACAUGGGCUGUGGGGUGGUCCAGACUCCACAACACUGGCUGCGGUGGCGCAUCUACUGCGCUCGAACGGCUUCAAUCUCGUUCGUAUUCCCCUGGCGGUGGCUGCAGUGGCGAAUAACAUCGAGGUGGACAGGUACAAGAUGGGCAAUGAGACGGCAUUACUCAAGGCCUUUGAAGGGCGGGAGUUGCGCUACCUGGACGUGCUGGACUACGUAAUCCAUGAGCUGGAGCGCCAUGAUCUACUGGUGCUGCUAGACGCUCAUGUGAUGCAGCCUGCUGGCGCAAUUACCCCAUUGUGGUAUGACGAUAGCCAGUGCUGUCCGGAAACUGUGGUAGAGCAGAUGUGGACGACACUGGCGUCGAGAUAUGCGAAUCAAUGGAACGUACUAGGAGCUGAUCUCAACAAUGAGCCUCAUGGAGAGGCAACUUGGGGCUCGGGAGACAUCAAGACGGACUGGAGACUCGCUGCAAUGAGACUAGCUGAGAAGGUGCUUACGGUGUGUUCUCACUGGCUGAUCUUUGUGGAGGGGGUACAGACAACGAGCUGUGAUGCUGGACAUGAGAUGCCUUGCUUCUGGGGCGAGGAUCUACAAGCUGUUGGUCAACACCCAGUAAAGCUAUGUGUGGACAAUCGACUAGUUUAUUGCCCACACACGUACGGGCCUGCAGUGUCGUGGCAGCCCUAUUUCAAUGCAGAGGACUUUCCAGCUAAUAUGCCUCGAGUCUGGGAUACCCACUUCGGAUAUCUCAAGCAGCAGUCGGAGGUACCGCUGGUGAUUGGCGAGUGGGGUGGUCGCCAUGACAACCCAAAAGACUGGAUCUGGCAGUCGCGGUUUGCUGAGUACGCGCAGCAGAUUGGCGUCAGCGGUGUCAUAUUCUGGUGUGUGAAUCCGAACGGAGGAGACACGGAUGGCUUGUUGUGCGCAGACUGGCGUACACCGAAUGGCAACGCUCUUCAGCUACUGUCACGUUUUACCGGAACGCCAGUGCCGCCAUCAUGUUGAGUGAGCUGGCACGAUUGAAGAAGACUAUCCUGUUGUUUUCUUCAUAUAUUAUCAAGUACUUCAAGACAUGUUAGGCUUACCAGCAUAGUCCUUGCACCUAACAAAGACUUCAAACUCCAAAAAUCAGUUUAAACCACUUGGUGGUCGAUGUUCUGCUUCAGAGGCGACAUCUCGGUAGCCUGGUAACGCGGUAUCGACACCUUACGAGGCGACAACUUGUGGUAUUUCAUACGACGCACACGUGUGCGGAUAGCAACCAGCAGGAAGAAGAAUACGCCACCGAACAGACCCAGCAUCAUAAAGUCUGAGAACGACGUGGUACUCUCAGCAGGCACCACAUUGUUCGAGGUAGUAGGGAUCAUCAUAGAUUCACUGCAGUCCGUGAUGAUAUCUCCCUCUGUGGUCAAAGAUCCAUUGCCCCACAUGGUCGUAAGCAUCGACACCGUCGGUCUCGCGCGUAGCACAUUGGGCAACGUGUCCGACGUAGCACGUGAGGCACUGUAGAGUCCAAAGAACUCUUCCGACAGGUACCCAAGCGGGAACUGGCCGUUCUUAACUAUCCCCAAGUUGUGUUCAUCCGGGUUGCCAGCUUUCCACCACUCGUCACUGUACUCGAACACGAAUCCGCCCACAAUGACUUGCUCGUUGACUCCGUCAGUUUGUUGGAAGUUAUUCUGUAAGGCGAGAGUCUGCUGAGUCAGCAGAUCUGCCACGUAGUUGAGCUGCAGAGUGUUACCGAUGCCCUUAUCGGAUGCAUACGGGUAUCCGUACUCACUCACGAGCAGUGGCUUACCGCCGGGGACUGCCUGGAACUUGGGGAUCACUGAUCCAGGGUAGUCCGUCUGGUAGACGUUGGAGCCCCACAUAUCGACGUCGGCGUUGUGCUUCUCACCGGCUCUGAAGGUCUCUCCACCGUCAUCUACAAACGUAGUGGUGAUAAUCUUUUGUGCGUUGUUAUUUUCUUUCAGCCCACGACGCACAGCGUUCGUAAGGGCAUGGAAUUUGCUCCAGA